GCUGGGAGACAGGCUGAGACCCGCGCUGAGCCCCGCGGGAGCCACAGGGACAGGGGCGUGGGGCAGGGCAAGGGCAGCGGCCCGGAGGGGACCCCGGGACCCGCCAGCGGCGCGGAGAGUGGGCGGGCGCGCGGAGCCGGACAAGGGCACGGGCGAGCCCAGAGGGGGCGCAGUGAACCCAGCCGAGCACCGCGCGCUGGUGCCACCCGGGCCGGGCGCGGGAACCGCUGCGCUCCUCGCGCUCCUGUCCCGAUCCUUCCUCCUCCUGGUCCUCCCCGGCGGCUUCGCCCCCCGAGCCCCCUGGCCGCCCGGAGGCUAGAAAAGCGCGCGGGCGCGGAGCGGGGACGCAGCCCGAGAUCCCGGGGCGCGCCCGCCAUGGACCCCAAGGACCGCAAGAAGAUCCAGUUCUCCGUGCCCGCGCCCCCCAGCCAGCUCGACCCCCGCCAGGUGGAAAUGAUCCGGCGCAGGAGGCCAACCCCUGCCAUGCUGUUCCGGCUCUCAGAGCACUCCUCACCAGAGGAGGAGGCCUCGCCCCACCAGAGAGCCUCUGGAGAGGGGCACCACCUCAAGUCCAAGAGACCCAACCCCUGUGCCUACACACCGCCCUCACUGAAAGCUGUGCAGCGCAUUGCAGAGUCCCACCUGCAGACCAUCAGCAACCUGGGCUCAGAGGAGGAGGAUGAGCUGGGGGAGCUGCGGGAGCUGGGGUACCCGAGAGAGGAUGACGAGGAGGAAGAGGAUGAUGAGGAGGAGGAGGAGGAAGAGGACAGCCAGGCUGAGGUCCUGAAGGCCAUCAGGGGCUCUGGGCAGAAGGUAACCUGUGGCCAGGGUCUGGAGGGGCCCUGGGAGCGUCCGCUCCCUCUGGAUGAGGACCAAAGCCCAGCACUCACUGAGCCAGAGGAGGAACCCCAGCGCCCCGACCCCCCUGAGCCUGGCACAUAAGUGCACCGCUCUGCAUCUUCUGGGAGGAAGUGGAGGGGACAUCGCCGUACCCCUGAAAGCCACUCCGUCCCUGCCCUAAAUCUGGUGCCCUUUCCCAUCCCUGCUAGGGCUGCAAUUUCUAGAAGACUAACGCUGGUCUGUUUGCUUCUUCGCCCACCUUUGGCUGAUGCUGGAGUCCCUGGUGCCCGUCCCUGCCAGCCGUCCCUCCAUUCACCCGACGGGAGGUGGGGUGGGAGCGAGCCCACGUUGGAAAAUUCCGGAAACAAACAAGGAUUGGCUUCCCAGUUCUCUUCCUCAGACCCUCUCCCCUGGGCACAGGAGACCCACAGGGCAGGACCCUACGAUCUGGGGAAAGGAAUGAGAACCUGCGGGUGCCCUUAGACCCUUCUCCACACCCUCAUUUCUCUCCCCCCGCGGGACCCCGAGUCACCACCCCUCACCAGCGUCUCCCAGGCCCCGGGACUCAGAUCACGCUCCAGGCACAGCCUCCAUUUCUGGGAACCUCUGGAUCGCCGCUUCUCCCCUGCGUGCCUGGAAGACGGACUGGCAGCGGCUGCUUUGUUGCGUUUUGUUUGUGCUUUGCUGCCGGGAAUGCCGCCUAGUACGCGUCCUUGGGGGACACACGCGGGGGAGCAGGUCCUUAUUGUCCCCCCGCUACGCUGUUCCCUUCCCCUUCUCCCCCUGACGCCAGGCCUGAGUCCUUCCAGUGCUGUAAUAAAUCUUUGUAAAUAACUA